AUGCUGAGCUCCUUCGAACUUAACAAUCUUCAGUUCAAUUCCCAUUCGUGCUCUCCUGAGUCCCUGAAAAGUCUUCAAAUCACAAGUUUAAAUAUUGCUCAUGCAAGCGGAAUCACAUUUAAGGAAAUCGUCUCUAACUUGAAUAGUGAAACUCGUGAGAAACUUACCAGUCUGAACAUAACUGGUAUGAGAAUAGUGGAUGCUUCGGACUUUUUCCAUCUGAGAAACUUGAGCAGUUUGGAUAUUAGCUACACAAGUGCUACUGCGGAAGAUCUGCAAGUUAUAGUCACAGCAUGUUCACAUCUGAAAUACCUCGAUAUUUCAGUCACCUCUAUUGAAGAUAUAAGUUGUCUCCUUUCACUGAAAGACCAACUAGAGGGUCUCUCCAUGCAUUUCCAAAUAUUGCCAAAGAGUAGAGUGUUGGAAGAGAUGAUAUCGAUAAUUGUACAGCUGGUGGAACUUCGGAGACUUGAAUUUUCGUGUACCAUGAGACAACAGCGUCCUUUUCCACCUUUGACGGAUUUUUGCUCGAGUGAUGCUCUAAUCCAUCUUGAGCAUUUUGAUAUUUGUGGCAAUCCGCUUUCCUUUCCUCCAAUUGCAAUUAGUAUAUAG